UAAUUUACAAUACUGACAUUACGGUCGGACAUUACCCGAAGUAUCGUAUUUUCGCAAUUCGAUUAAUAUUAACAACUGCAGACGUUUAUCAUUCGAUCUCAAGGCAAAUCAAUUAUUUAAAUUACAUGAUCAACUACCAAAACAAUGUUAAUAUAUCAUAGUUGACAUAUGUAUCUACAACUCGGUUCUUAAAUUAACGAUCCACGUAUAUUGCCCACAUUGUAUAGCGCGAAGUCCAUACCGCAGAUAAUAACAAAGUACCCAUUCGACCAGCUUAAAAUGGUCAGGAAAUCGAAAAUCUAAGUAUUCGCCAUUCAAUUUGCGUUAAUUAAAAUCGAGCAGCUAAAUAAGGAUAUGCCUUAAAUCGAUUACAAAAAGGCCGAAAGUGUGGAAUCUUGGCGCAGGGGCUUGUCGGAAACCGCGGCAAAAUCGACAUCCUCAUUGUCAUCCUUGAAACGCAAGGGAACGCUACGUAGUCUCGUACGUCGAUUGAGCGGGGGCAGCAACCCGGGCCGAUCAUCCCCAACGUCAUCAGACACCACGGUGUCAGCGUCCGCAGGUGGUCCGGUGGGCCGUGCUAGCUGUCUCAGUCGUCGAGCAAGUCGCGAGCUAAGCCCAUCCUCGUCCACCUCACCGUCCUCCGUCUCCGUUAAGACAUCGGCUGCGGGCGGUUAUGACGUCCAGGCUGGGCCCGGGAACGGUGGUGGAGGAGGGGCGACCAUCGCCACCCCGACGGGUGGACAGGAUUGGCGAAGGCUAGUUGGCAGCAUUAAGAGGAAGGUGAGGAGGAAGACGACGCAGAGCAGCGCAAGCAUAUCAGAGCAGACACUGCAGGAGACGAAUCAGAAGCAUCAGGAUGACUUUUUGAAAGCAACCAUGAGGAUCUUUUUAGUCGUGUCGCCGCCAAUGGGACGUGUACAGGUCCGCUCAAGGUCAUUGACACAACUUGACGUCCUUGGAAGUAGCAUGUUAGAUGCAAGCGAACAUGAUUUGGGCAGCGGAGCCUCGAUGCAACAACACCAGCAAAGUCCGCAACAGUCAUCCCAUUAUUCUUACAAUUUUGGAGAAUGUAGCCCACGAUUUCUCGUGCCGAGUGCGGCUUCCAAUGACGUCAGGCCCAACAGAACCAAGCAUAAAUUAUCAAGGUCCCAGGUGUCCAGUAGUGAAUACUUCAGUGUUAGUUUUGAAAUAGGUGACGACGUAUGUAUUUUAGACCGUGAAGAAUUUUUACCUGCUACAAAAGGAACAUAUCUUGCGGAAGUACUUGGGUCAGCUUGUGAGCGUCGAGGACUAGACUUAUCGCGCGUUGAUGUAAUUCUCGAUACUUUUACAGCACCUUUAUCUGUACAUACAACCGAAACUUCUAGUCUAGGUGGAAAACAUCUGCGAAUAACUGCAAAAGAUGAAAGAACGAAUUCGAGAUCAGCAAGCCAAAGAAGUAGUCACAACGUAUCAUUUCGAAAAACUGGAGGGAGUUACAGAGGCAGGAGCGGACGCUUCUUCAGCGUCUCGACCGAGGACUCGAGCGUUGACUCGGACGUGGGUGCGACGGCCGCGGCGGCCCUCGCCUCAGCGAAAGGCUCCGCCGGACUCAAAGCGAGCAAGCAGCGCUGGAGCGGCUUCUUCACCAACACCAAGGGCACCAAGAUGGAGUUGCUGGUCGAGCAGCUUAACGGCUACACGAAGCAUGGCGUGCCAAGGCUACCCGAAGCGCAAUUGUCGCACGAGCUCGCGGUCAGCGAGGAAGUGCUCUUCAGUCUUGAAAAUGAUUGGCGAAACAUAGUUGAGAAUUCAGAACUUCUUAGCGAAAAGCAGCAGCAGCAGCAAACGGCCCUCUGGGAGUUGGCACAAACUGAAGUGGCUUAUAUUAAAACGCUGAAAGUCGUGACCGACCUCUUCAUGGCUUGCUUGUGCGGUCUGCAGGCCUCGAAUAUCCUGAACGAAGUCGACAGAACAAAGUUGUUCAGCAACAUACCAGAAAUCUAUGCAGCCAACCUAUACUUCUGGACGGAGCACAUACUUGCAAUGCUACAUGUAUCCCGCUCAACGCGACAGGCCCUCGACCCUGGCCAUCUACUCCAGGGUUUCGAAAACUUUGAGAAGAUAUUUGCUCCGUAUACGAGAUAUUGCUCGGAACAAAGCAAAUGUCAGCAAUACUGCCGGGACCGAUUCAACGACAAUGAUCUAUUCACAGCCUACCUUGUGUGGUGCGAGACUCAAAAAGAUUGCAAUCGUUUAAGGCUACUUGAUAUAUUGGUUAAGCCAAUGCAAAGAAUAACAAAGUAUUCCCUUUUGUUGAAAGCUGUUCACAAAAAUACGGAAUAUGAAGAUCAGCGACUCGAGUUGACUAUAAUGAUCAAAUCGGUAGACACUUUCGUGGCGUCCGUGAAUGCAGCGAUGCGUCGCAGCGAGGAAAUGGCACGACUGGUAAGUGCAGCGUCACGUCUGGAUAGUUAUGACGUCGUAGAGUCGCGGGACGAGGAACUAGAGAAGCUCAUCAAAUCUCACAGCAACUUGGAUAUUAUAACGGCCCCGAUGCCCGGCUGCCCCAAGGACACGCUUAGAACUCUAGUGCGUGAGGGCGAUCUAAAGUUGCGGGACUCGGCAACUAGCAAGAUGGAGGUGCACGUGCUACUACUCACGGACAUGAUGCUGAUUUGCAAGCAAUCAACGAAGAAAGCCUCGUCGAGCAGCAGCUCGGGCGGUACAACCGGUGGCCUCAAAAUAAUUCGCCAGCCCUACGUUGUCGACCGCAUACGCGUUCACGAGCUAAAGGAAGCCUCCAGCCUCGGUUUGGUCUACCUCAAUGAGUACGGCGCGGCUUCGGCGGCCCUCGUCCUCAGCGCCGGCGAACCCAAACUCGCCAAGUCGUGGAUGGAGUCGAUAAGGAAAGCGCAGCAGCAGCUAACAACGCUAAAGCUACCAAUAUUGGGCAGUUCGUUGCCGUUAAGCUCGGUUAGCCGUCAAGCGAGUACGUACUUGGGAGAUGGAGACUUCGACCUGGAGGAGCUCUGCGAGGGCAUGCCGAGGACGCCGCGCGGCAGUAGUCGAGCCUCGCGUGUGAGCAGCCUCGCGCACAGUCACAGGCGAUCCCUGCUGAGCAAAUCGCCAACGCCGAACACGCUGAGCGUGCAGGUACCAGCUUACUCGACCUUGGGACAGUCGUUACCAAAUCUUACGCUCGCCACCUCACCCCAGACGUCAGCGGUCUCGCCUACACCACCGAGCUCACUCCUCAUUGUGCCCCUGAUCACAAAGAGCAAGGACGCCCUCCUAUCGCCAGGUCAUCGAGGUGAAUUUUCAUUUAAGAAAAAAGGUAUAUCAUAUCCGCCACCGUCGCCCCCUCGUGGCGCUCUGAGGCGAGCUUUCGCGAUCCCGCAAUCGCGUAAUCCGCCCCUUAUUAAAACGAGACACGUCAACACUUCGGUGGCACAAACGCUCCAAACGACUGUGAGUCUGGACACUGAGGCUAUUGAGGAACGUAGACGGAGGCUCGAACCCUCUGCCAAAGUGCCCUCCAACAAUAGUAUCGCGGAAGAAAAGAAAUGAAGAGGACGGAUGAACAUUAUUAUUUCGAGCUUGUUUUUGUAAGUCGCCGCAGUAGUGCACUUAGCGGCGCGUCGACGCGACAUUGCGUCGUCAUUGCUCUGGGAUUUGACGUGGGUACCGCCGAAUCCAACAAACGACCGUAAUGCUCGGCCACUGUUGCCGAUGCCCUACAUGAUCCCUCUCAAGACCACAAGAAGCAUCCCCGAGGGUACCGGCCGAUCGACCAAGCAACAACGCACAUCGACAAAACAACGAUUUACUUUCAGCGCCACAUGCAAUUGUCUGUCACUUCGUAUCUUUAAACCUGCGAUACGCCAGAGAAAUUCCACAAUCGGUAAUCCUCGUUUCCUUUUUUUUUUCUCUCUCACUAUUUAUGCUCGUAAUUCCGAGGUCUGACACAAUACGAUAAAUAUUCAGAUUAUAAAACAAAAAUAUUCGGGGAAGAUUCG